CCGGCCGGGGCGGCGAUGUGGGGAGGCCCGGGUAGCCCCGGCGGCCGCGCGGACGGGGGCGGAGCCGGGGGCGCCGCGGACACCGCCCCCCUGCGCCGGCGGAGCCGCCGCCCCAGCGCUGACCCGGGAGCCCGAGGCGGCGGCGGCGGCGUGCGGGACCCCGAGGACGCGGCCAUGCCGGGCGGGGCUGAGGCCGGGGAAGCUGAGGAGGAGGCCGGGGCCGGCUCGGGGUCCGAGGCCGAGGAGGACGCGCUGUGGGAGCGGAUCGAGGGCGUCCGGCACCGGCUGACGCGCGCCCUCAACCCGGCCAAGCUCACGCCGUAUCUGCGCCAAUGCCGGGUCAUCGACGAGCAGGACGAGGAGGAGGUGCUGAGCACCUACCGCUUCCCGUGCCGCGUCAACCGCACCGGGCGCUUGAUGGACAUCCUACGCUGCCGUGGCAAGAGGGGCUAUGAGGCUUUCCUGGAAGCCCUGGAGUUCUACUACCCCGAGCACUUCACGCUGCUCACGGGCCAAGAACCUGCCCAGCGCUGCUCCAUGAUCCUUGAUGAAGAGGGGCCAGAGGGCCUAACCCAGUUCCUGAUGACAGAGGUGCGGCGGCUGCGGGAGGCUCGCAAGAGCCAGCUCCAGCGGGAGCAGCAACUGCAGGCUCGGGGCCGGGUCCUGGAGGAGGAGCGGGCAGGACUGGAGCAGCGCCUGCGAGAACAGCAGCAGGCCCAGGAGCGCUGCCAGCGGCUGCGCGAGGACUGGGAGGCAGGCAGCCUGGAGCUGCUGCGGCUCAAGGAUGAGAACUACAUGAUCGCCAUGCGCUUGGCCCAGCUUAGCGAGGAGAAGAACUCGGCCGUGCUGCGCAGCCGGGACUUGCAGCUGGCGGUAGGCUCUGAGGAGAUGGGUGCACGGCUGACGGCAUCACUGCAGGAGCUGCAGGAAGGCCUGCAGCAGGAGGCAAACCGGCUGGGGGCCCCAGGUUCGGAGCGCAUCCUCCUGGACAUCCUGGAGCAUGACUGGCGGGAGGCACAGGACAGCAGGCAGGAGCUGUGCCAGAAGCUGCACGCUGUGCAGGGGGAGCUGCAGUGGGCCGAGGAGCUGCGAGACAAGUACCUGCAGGAGAUGGAGGACCUGCGGCUGAAGCACCGCACGCUACAGAAGGACUGCGACCUAUACAAGCACCGCAUGGCUACCAUCCUGACGCAGCUGGAAGAGAUCGAGAAGGAGCGGGACCAGGCCAUCCAGAGCCGCGACAGGAUUCAGCUGCAGUACUCGCAGAGCCUCAUCGAGAAGGACCAGUACCGCAAGCAGGUGCGGGGCCUGGAGGCCGAGCGGGAUGAGCUGCUGACCACGCUCACCAGCCUGGAGGGCUCCAAGGCCCUGCUGGAGGCGCAGCUGCAGCGGGUCCAGGGCGGCCCCUGCCUCAAGGCCUGUGCCUCCUCCCAUUCCCUGUGCUCCAACCUCAGCAGCACCUGGAGCCUGAGCGAGUUCCCCUCCCCGCUGGGAGGCCCAGAAACAGCUGGGGACGUGGCUGCCUUGGGGGGAUCUGAGCCCCACACUUCGGAGGAGGCCACAGACAGUGAGAAGGAGAUCAACCGGCUCUCCAUCCUGCCCUUCCCCCCCAGCGCAGGCUCCAUCCUCCGCCGGCAGCGCGAGGAGGACCCUGCGCCCCCUAAGAGGUCCUUCAGCAGCAUGUCGGACAUCACAGGGAGUGUGACGCUCAAGCCCUGGUCCCCUGGCCUCUCCUCAUCCUCGUCCUCUGACAGCGUGUGGCCUUUGGGAAAGCCGGAUGGCUUCCUGGCCCGAGGCUGUGGCCUGGAUCUCCUCAACAGGUCUCUGGCCAUCCGACUGUCUGGCCGCAGCCCCCCGGGGGGGCCCGAGCCUCAGGACAAGGGCCCAGAUGGCCUGUCAUUCCUUGGGGACAGCUGGUCUGGGGCCAUGGUGCGGAGGGUGCUCUCUGGGCCCGGGUCUGCCAGGGCAGAACCCAGGGAGUCAACUGUGGAGGCUGCUGGCUUGGAUGGGGCAGGCCUGGAAAGCGAGGCCCAGCAGAGAAACUUGCUCUUGAACCACGUGUCCACCCUCCACUUCCUGAUGGACUUCAAGGCCUGUCAGUCCUUCCACGAGGCCCUGGACUCCUGGACAAAGGGGCUGGGCUCUGAGCCCUUCUACAUUCGAGCCAACUUCACCCUGCCUGAGCGGGCAGACCCCCAUGCCCUGUGCGUGAAGGCCCAAGAGAUCCUACGGCUGGUGGACCCGGCGUACAAGAGGCGGCAGGAGUGGUUCUGCACACGGGUCGAUCCCCUCACCCUGCGGGACCUGGACCGGGGCACUGUGCCUAAUUAUCAGAGAGCCCAGCAGCUCCUGGAAGUUCAGGAGAAAUGCCUGCCCUCCAGCCGGCACCGUGGGCCCCGCAGUAAUCUGAAGAAGCGAGCCCUGGACCAACUUCGGCUGGUGAAGCCCAAGCAUGUGGGGAGCCCUCCAGGGGACUCCCUGGAGCAGCUACUGCUAGAGCCCUGCUCAGAGCCAGAGCAGAGCCUCAAACCCUACAGCCUCGUGCGGCCAUUGCUGGUGUCUGCCCUGCGGCCUGUGGUGCUCUUGCCUGAGUGCCUGGCACCCCGGCUCAUCCGCAACCUGCUAGACCUGCCCAGCUCCCGGCUGGACUUCCAAGUGUGCCCAGCAGAAAGCCUCUCUGGGGAGGAACAGUGCACAUCCUCAGCACCUGGAGCCCCCAAGGCCCGGCCUGCCACCCUCGGGCUGGGCAGCAGGAUCCGAGCCAUCCAGGAGUCUGUUGGGAAGAAACACUGUCUGCUGGAGCUGGGUGCCCGGGGCGUGCGGGAGCUGGUCCAGAAUGAGAUCUACCCCAUCGUCAUCCACGUGGAAGUGACUGAGAAGAAUGUCCGCGAAGUCAGGGGUCUGCUGGGCCGGCCCGGCUGGCGGGACUCAGAGCUGCUGCGGCAGUGCCGCAGCUCCGAGCAGGUGCUCUGGGGGCUGCCCUGCUCCUGGGUGCAGGUGCCCGCCCACGUGUGGGGCCACUCGGAGGAGCUGGCCAAGGUGGUGCGCAGCCGCAUCCUGCAGGAGCAGGCCCGCCUCGUGUGGGUGGAGCGUGGCAGUGUCCGAGGCGGUGGUGCCAGUGGCAGCAGCGAGGCCUGAGGGGCCCAUCUGAUGGCCAGGACUUCCUCAUGCACUUCAGAAGCCGCCAGCGGGACCCUGGUGUCUGUGGAGCUGGGUCCUGCCCAGCCUGAGCCUUCUUAGACCCCUGGCCUCUGGGACAUGGGGCCUCGGCUCUGGGCCCUGUCCCGGAGGCAGCCUGUGGGAGCCCUUGGGGCGGAGCUCCCACUUGCCCCAUCCAUGCUGCUCUGGGCCUUCUGUGCGCCUGUGUCUCUGUGUUCCCACCCUGGGUCUUAUGCACAUAUCUGUCUUCUCUGUCAUUGCUCACCCCGAGCAUCUGAGUUCUCAUUCCUUUGCACAGGUUUACAUGCCCAAGUUCUCACAUAGCAGGCCCACGUUCUGUUCCUCCCCUGGGCACGUGGGGUCCUCCGGGUCCUCAGCCUGAUCUGCCACUGGAGCCCCAAGCCUGUCCUGCGUGACUCCUUCUGGUCCAGUUCACAUUUUUGUGUAAACAGCCACAUUUGGGGAUCGUGGCUUCCCCAGUCCAUUGUCAUUUGUGUUUGUGUCUUCAGCCCCAUGUGUCUGUGGUUCUGUCCUAUGUAAACGUCAUGCCCCACCUCCGUGACACUUGGGCACUAACACUUGCGUGUUCCCGACGGGCACACUCAGGACCAUGUUCUCACAGCACCUGCUCCCUGCCACCACUCACCUCUCAGAGAGAUGGGUGUGGAUGGAGCUGGGUGCUCCGGGACCAGAAUGUAUAGCUCGUGGAUUUCUAACGGGCCUUUUUCACUUAGAAACUGCACAUUAUGGAACAUUAAACACUUUGUCAUAGAA